AUGAAAAGCGGGGUGGACGACCACGUUCUGAUACUCAGAUUGGGGCUUUUCGGGAGUUGUUAUCUGUUUGUGAGUUUACGUGAUUUGGGAUUUCGAAAGCCAAAAUUUACUUGGUGGAAUGGAAGGGAAGGCGCUGGGCCUAUUUCGGAGCGUCUUGACAGAUAUAUGGGGAAUUCUUCUUUCUGUUGCUUAUUUCCGCAUGCGAUGGUUUUAAAUGGAACUGUGGCAUACUUAGAUCAUUUGCCUGUUGUGUUUGAUUCUUUAUACAGUAGGCCUAGGCCACUUGUCAGGCGGCCUUUUCGUUUUGAAGCCAUGUGGGUGGGUGAGGAGAGAUGCGAACUAAUUAUUGACCAAGUUUGGAAUAACAUGCGUACUAGUCUUGGGAUGGAGGAGGUUCUUCAUCUUAUUAAGGGUUGUGGAGAAGAGUUGGCUAGCUGGAACAAAGUCUCCUUUGGUCAGGUUCGAAGGAAAUUAAAUGAAGCCCGUAAUGAGCUUGCGAGGUUGCAGAUUAUUCACUCUAGUCAUUUAGAUACUGGUGGGCUUGGUCGGGCUAGAAAGGAAGUUCAGAUGUGGCUUGAAAGAGAAGAGAUUAUGUGGCGUCAAUGA